AUGUAUUUCAUGAAUCAAACAUGAGUGCAAAAUCGUUGAUUAAAAAGAAAGCAUCAGUUGACAAAAAAUGCCGGUUGAUCGUUCGUAAUAUUCCAUGGGAGUAUCAAGAAUCAGAGCUUUUAAAAAUUUUCUCUGUUCAUGGAAAAGUAGUUGAAGUAAACUUACCGCGUAAAUAUCCAAAUGGUCCUUUGCGCGGAUUUGCCUAUAUACAGUAUAAAAACAUUGAAGAAGCUGAAAAGGCAAUCAAUACAAUGAAUGAAACCAAACAUCAUGGUCGGACUAUUGCUGUGGAUUGGUCAUUACCUAAGGACAAGUACUUGGAAGCUUUGAAAUCUCAACAAGGCAAGCAUUUUUGUGAACAAAACAAUGAUUAUCAUAUCGAUUCUUAUAUUGAAGGACCUGCGGAGGAAUCGAAUGAAAAUGAAACAGAUGAAGGUGAUAAUGGCUUUUACGAAAACAGUAUGAUGGAUAUUGAUCAUGAUGAAAGUGAAGUUGACAGCAUUGAAGAUAGCAGUAAAGAUAUCGAUCAUAAUGAUGAGGGUGAAGUUGACAGCGUUGAAAACAACAGUAAAAAUAACUAUUCGGUCAAAAAGAAAAUUCAUACGUUAUCAGAAGAUGCAGUCUUAUUUGUCCGCAAUCUUUCUUUUGAAGCCACUGAAGAAGAGUUGAGUGACAUGUUAGUUG